AUGAACCCCGCCGCCUCGGAGCCCGUCGCGCUCAGCCAGUCGCAGUUCUCCCCCAACGCCAGCGCGGUGUAUCCGCCUGCCGCGCAGCAUAACACGGCCGUGAUCGGGUCGUUGGCGACAGUAAGUGUCUUCCUCGCGAGCGACCCCCUCCUUUGGCCCUCCUUCUAUCCCUCCUUCUCUCGGACCUCUCAGACGAUCACCAGCACCGGACGACGAGCUAACCACCAGCUCACGGCGUGCUUCGCCGGUCUCGUCGCCGGCAUUCUCGGUCUGACGAAUCUCGCCGGUUUCGGACUAUACCUCCUCACCGCCAUCGUUACGGGUCUCACGAUCGCGGCGGUCAAGAUGCACGGCAACGUGGGGCGGUACGCUGUGCAGGCGCACGCCUCGUCGGGGCCGCUGGGAGCAGCCAAUGUGUCCGCCUGGCGUGGGUGGGUCGAGACCAUGGGUCUGGGGCAGGAGAAUCUGCUCGGAUUCCUGCUCUUCUGGAUCGGAGGGUAUGCGCUUGUGCAUGAGUAG